AUGUCGAACAGCUCAACGCAAGAUAUGGAUGAAGGUAUUUAUCAAAUGAGUUUAGUCGAAAGUCUACUUGUUUUAAUCGUUAUUGGUUUAUGGCUAUUGGCUGUUAUUAGUUUAGCAAGAAAACUUGAAAGAAUUUGUAAUCCUCCAUCAAUAUUUCCUAAUUAUUCAUUACAUACUAAAGCAAGUGUAUGUCCAUCAUCACGUCGUGAUCGUCAUUCAAAUGAAUCAGUACAAUCAACACUGCCACCACCAAUUACUUUUGUUCGUGCAACAUCCGAACCAGCUAUUGAUGCAUCACCUCGUGCAACUAUUUAUGUUCGUUCUCCAAGUGAAACAUGUCUACAUGUUAAAUCAACUUCAACAUUACGUGUAUCAGCAAUGUCACAAUAUUUAAAUUCACCAAGUGCACUUGAAUUAGGCAAAGGUGGAAUGCAUAGUAGAGUUGGUUCACUAACUAUUCCACGUACUAGUAGUUAUCAUAUUCGUGUUGAAACUACACAACGACCAUUAAUAACACAAACAUUAUUAGAUCCUAAACGUAUACCAUCUAUUGUAAGACGAAGUUUUUUAGAUUUACAUCGACGUGCACUAGUUUCGAAUACUACAACAAAUAUUUCGCCUAUUCGAUGUAUUGUUACAGCAGCAUGUAAUAAUUCAAAUGCUAAUGCACAACAUACAACAACAACAACAACAACAACAACCAAUGCUAAAGUUCCAUUAUUAAAUAAACAUCGUAAAGCUAAUGAUACAGAUGAAGAUGAUUGGUGUCUAGAAAUUUAUAGUAAAACUGAAUAUUUACGAGGUUAUUCAGAAGAAAAAACUCGCAAUCAAGCGACUAAUUUGUAUCAAUUUCUUAAACCAUCACAACGUUAUGCAAUUCAAAUCGAACAAUUUCGUUCUCAAAUGAAUCUUGAUUAUCAACCACCAUUACCACGACCACCACCACAUGCAUCCUGGUGA